UUUAACGGCUGGGAUGAGUUAGGGUUUAUCGAUCAUUCCAUGGGCAUUGGGCGAGCAGUGAUCGGGAGGGCAUUGCUACGGGCGUGCCGGCAAGCAGCGAUCCAGAGGCACUUUGGAUCUCCCGGCACGACGAUUCCUUGCUUGAAUGCGGCGAAGAGCGUGGGAUUGGGAAGCUGUGAAUCAUCGGCGUCGGGCUUGGGUGGAUUCGCUGCCCGGAAUUUCUCGCAGGCCGUGCAGGUGAAGAAGAAGGCGGCAAUCAAGAACGAGCUGGACGAUGAUCCGAUAAUGCGGAUGAAAUUCCGGACCAUGGAUGACGACGAGAUGGACCCUGAGCAGUUCAAUCGGCUGUGGAAGAAGGUGGAGGCGAGCCCGACCCGGGCUCUCAAGAUCAUCCACGCGUGGAUUUCUCGAGGAAACCUGGUGUCGAAAGAAGCUCUCAUCAGCAUUUGUCACAAGCUGUGCUACAUCCGGCGCCAGAUCCGAGCACUACAGAUCAUCAACUGGAUUGUUGAUGACAAGCCAUUCACAGUCACUCCCAGAGACUACGCACUCCAGAUAAAGUUGACGUGCCGCUACGCGAGUCCUAUCAAAGCCGAGCGAAUUUACGACCGAGUUCCUGCUGAGCUCAAGACGGAGGAGGUCUCGACAGCCUUGAUCGCCUCCAUGUCCAGGAGUAAUGUGAUGCUAAAGGCGGAGGCGUGGCAUACAGCGCUCAAGCUCAACAACGCAAGGGCCUGCAACAUGAUGAUGAUACUCUUCCUCCGGAGGAACAGGCACCGCGAAGUUUUGCAGCUCUACCAAGAUCUAGUGGCUUCCGGCGGGCAACCGAAUCCUCUUACGUAUCUCCUGCUCUUCAAGUACCGGAACAGGAUCGGGGCGAUCGAUGGUCUCGAAGAAGCAGCCGAGGCAGCGCUCAAGAAGAUAGAUGUUCACGACGAGAAAGUGAGGAACGCCACACGGUCGGACAUGAUGGUGGUGUACGCCUACUUGGGAAAGCCGGACAUGGUCGAGAAGCUGUGGAGCAUGAUCCACAAAGAGAGCUGGACUCUAGCAGGGAGAUUUGUAGCGGCCAUCAACGCGUUUGGGAUUCUCGGGAAGAUCUCUAGAGCCGAGGACGUACUCAACCAGGUGCUCAAGACGCGGAAGAAGGCCAUCCAGAAGCCAUACUGCGCGAUGAUCGGAGUUUACGCCAAGCACGGGAUGAUGGAGAAGGCCGAGCUGACGAUGAAGAAGCUGAGGCUGGAGCUCUCAUUCCCGUGGUUUGCUCCCUUCAACCAUCUGGUAUCGGGCUACCUUGCGAGGGACGAGCCGGAGAAAGCUCUGGAGAAGCUCCGGGAAGGGAUGGAGUACGUUGUGGACAAGAGGAUCGAGCCGGACUAUGAGAUGGUGCUGGGGAUGAUGCCGGUGUUUGCGAGCAAGAGGGACGUCGAGGGGGCCGAGAAGCUCAUGAGCUUGUUUGGUCUCUAUGGCGACGCCAAGCUCUACAACGCGCUCCUCAAGGUGUACGUGGAAGCCAAGGUCUCGCCCGGCCCCUUCUUCCUCGGGAGAAUGGCGAGGAACAAAGUGUCGGAUGACGAUGAGACGAAGAGGCUCCUGGAAUUCGAGGUGACACAAUGAUAGCGAAGAAGUGCCGUGUCCCAGGAAUCGAGCCCGAGACGCGAUUUAAACCAGAAUAUCCUCUCUUUUGGCGGGAAUUUGGAUUGCUAGGGUUCUUCA